GACAGAUUAAUAUUGUUACAUUUCGUUGAUUUAAUUAAAAGAAAAAAUAUUUGUUAAGCUAUAGGUGAAAGUAAUGUAACACAAAUGCUUAAAACAUUUAUAGUUAGUAAAAAUUCUCAUUUCAACACUACAAGUGGGUUUCAAAUGUAAACAAAAAUCGUAUAAUUCACAUAUAAUGAAAACUGCCAAGUAUGUAAGGUUAAAUAAAUAUGAGAGCUGUUUGCAUAAGAAGCUGGUCACCAUUCAAAUAAAAUUGAACAAAUGCCAAAGGAGUAAGCAACAAUGCAUGAAAAUACUUAAGGCAAUUCAUAAAACAAUCAUCUUUGAUGACAGUUUUACUAAAGUAUUAGAAAAUGUUUCCUCCAGUGCUAAAAUUUUAUCCUUAUUAAAGAUCAGAGAUAAGAGUAAAAAACUUAAUUUGCAUUAUUUUAAAAUUGAAGAGAAGCUAAAUGCUCUUAGAAUUUACUUACAAAAUCCAAUUGGGUAUAAAUUUCUAAGUAAAAUUUUUGUUUUACCUUCCUCUUGUGUUGUAAAUAAAUUAAUAAGUGAAGCAAACAUAAAACCAGGUAUAAACAAAGACAUUUUUUGUAAACUACGUAAGAGAGCUGCUAAAAUGAUCUUGCAUGAGAAACUAUGUGUAUUGAUGUUCGGUGAGAUGACAAUUAAAAGGAACAUCACAUACAAUGAUCAAAAGGAUUGUGUAAUUGGAUUAAUUAAAAAUGAUGUAAAAAAUUCAAAAGGUUUUGCUGACAGAUGUCUUGUAUUUAUGAUCAGAGGUUUAAAAAAAGGCUACGGGCAACCUCUAUAUUAUUCCUUUUCGUCUGGACCUACUGAAGGGCCUGAACUUUCUUCGCAGAUUAAACAAAUUAUAAGAGAAUUGUUUGACGUUGGUCUGAUACCGAUAGCCACUGUAUGCAAGCCAGGAAAAAAUAAUGAAAGGGCAAUUAAAAUUUUAAUUGAAGAAACUAGAGCCGAGCUUUCAACUAAAGGUGAGAUCUUGAAGAAUAACAUUUUCAAAGUACACAACAAACAAAUUAUUCCUUUAUUUGACCCACCACAUCUACUGAUCGGGAUGAGAGAUAAUUUGAUAAAUAAAAAUUUGGUUUAUCUUAAGAAUGGAGAAGAAUGUGUUGCUAAAUGGGACCACAUUAAGAUGCUAUAUAUGGAAAAUCUGUCUUACAGAGAGCACAGUCUUAUACCAAAAAUUACAGAAAACCAUGUUAUUCCAAGCAAAAUUGAUAAAAGUAAAUUUAUAUUUGCCACACAGAUCUUUAGUUCAUCGGUAUCUGUUUGCAUGGGAUAUGUAGCCAGUGAAGAAGUUGGAAUUUUACCAAAGGAAUGUCAAGAAACUGCAAAAAUACUCAUGCUUUUUGAUAAACUUUUUGACUCUCUUAAUGGGAGCUUAGCACAAAGAGAAAAGUCAUAUUACGAAAAGCCAUUGCUGAGGGCGGUCACACCAACAUCAAGGCACUAUUUGCUAUGGAAGGAAGCGAAAAUACUUUUAAGUGGUAUGAAAUUCGUUAACAAAACAAAACAAGUAAAGAAUGUGUCCCUAAUGAGAAAUUGGAUAUCCACAAUAGAGGGGAUUGAACUGUUAACCAGAAUAUUACUAAAUAAAUACGGUAUCACGUCCGUUUAUAUGCGAAAUUUAAACCAGGAUCCUUUGGAGAAUUUCUUUGCUCAGAUUCGUUAUGUUUGUGGAAAUAUUUAUCCCACAGCGAAUAGAUUCUCAAUCGCUUUUACUAGUCUUUUAAUUAAAAACGCUAAUAAAACCAAGUCACCGGAAAAUAAUUUCGCAACGGAAAAUUGUAAAAAUUUGAUCUUCUUGAAAUUUAAUAAGAAAAUACCCUCUCCAUACGCCACUGAAAUUAAUAGAAAACAUUUGAAUAUAGAUUACACAUUGGCGGAUGCAGAAAAACAAAGUCCUCCAGUUAAUAGUAGUUCAAAUUAUGUAGCAGGGUACCUAUAUAAGAAAGCGCAACAAAAAAUUUAUAAAAGUUGCAGAAAAUGCAAUGAAGUUAUGACGUCAAAAACACAGUGUAAAUAUAUUUCUUUUCGGCGAUACGGUAAGCGGUGGUUUUGUUAUCCGAGUGUAGAGUUAGUAGAGAUAGUUUCUAAAUUACAAGCAAUUUGUCGGACUGUACUUUUUGAUGAAAUACAUAAUGAGAAUUUUAAAAAAUACUUAAAAAAAGUAAUUUUAUCAAAUUCUGUUUUCGAAAAAGUAUCCUGCAAUAAACAUAAAUGUAAGUUAAAAAAGUACCUCAUAAAUGCAGUAAUGAAAUUAUGCAUUAAAAGUUAUUGUAAAAUAAUUAAUAAAAUACUAAGUGGCCAUAGAGAUGUUGCCGACUGCAAUGAUAAUCUGCAAAAUGCGGCUAAAUACACGCGGGAAAUUAAUAAAGAAGUAAGUAAGAAGUUAGUACCUGAAGUUACUUUAAUAUAGGACAAGAAAUGAAAGCCAUUUUGUGUUCGUUUUUUGUUUUGUUAGAUUAUUGAUCUUACUUCCACAAUGUGGAAUAUCAUUGUAAUUGUAAAAAUAAAUGUAUAUUUGUAAAUAAUUUUAAAUAUAUAACUACAUACAGU